GACUUAUUUACAUCGACACUGAAGAAGCAUGAGUAACUUUUUCAUGUAGAAUAUGGGAGCAACACAAGUAUUGUGUGGUUAAGCCAACAGCCCCAUUUCCAGCUUCCCACAGUUUCUUCCCUUCAGUUAAAAGCUUAAGCAGUGUGAAUUAACAGAUAAUCUGCAACAUCCCCACUACCACCUUCUCAAUAUGGAAGUAUGCGAACAUACUCAAGAAAUGCAAAUUUAAAGACUAUAUUCAAAUUAGGCAGUGAAACUAGUGCAGCAAAAGUCAAAUCAUGAAAGCCCCAUUUCAAGAUUCAUCAUCUGCCGAUAUUUCAAACAGAGCAUCGACAAGUAGCCAGCCUAAAAACAACCGAGAAUUGGGGUACAUCACUACGUCAAGCAAUGGAAAUGUUGCAAGAAAUUACCAUUUCUUGAAGUUUCCUAAUCAAAUAAAUACAAGUCUCGUCAGAAAGGUCUUGGCAGAGGCAUUAGGAACAUUCAUCUUGAUGUUUUGCAUUGGUGGGAUCGUUGCAAACAUGCGUUUCAUGGGAGUAGAAGCAGGGCUACUGGAAUAUGCAGCAACUGCAGGUUUAACGGUUACAGUCAUAGUUUUCUCCAUAGGCUCCAUCUCAGGUGCUCAUGUUAAUCCUGCCGUCACAAUAGCUUUCGCAGCUGUUGGCCCAUUCCCAUGGUCUGAGGUUCCAUUCUAUGUCCUUGCACAAGUUGGUGGUUCUGUUUUGGCAACAUACACAGGAAAAUUAGUUUACAGUAUUAAACCAGAGGUUAUGAUGACAAGACCACUCCACGGGUGCACGUCGGCCUUUUGUGUGGAGCUCAUCUCAACCUUCAUCAUUCUGUUCUUAUCCACAUCCUUAAUCAGUGAACCACAAUCUCUAGGACCGUUAUCCGGAUUUGUUGCUGGAGUUGCCAUUUCUCUAGGAGUGCUAAUCUCCGGGCCUGUCUCGGGGGGGUCGAUGAAUCCAGCAAGAUCACUAGGACCCGCACUUGUUUCUUGGAGAUUUGAUCACUUAUGGAUAUAUGUUGUAGCCCCUACAAUAGGAGCUAUUGCCGGUGUUCUCACCUACCGGAUUUUACGACUACAAGGCUGGUCAUGCAAACCUGAUCCUUCACUUAGAACCCUUCAGUCCAGUCAGAGCUCCUUGCAUUAGAUGUUUUACCAACAACAACAAGAUAUACAUACAUAGCUUGGUCAUUUUUCAAUCUGUGAAUGAAUAAAGAUGGAAAAUAUGAAGUUAGAUAUGUAUGACUUAGAACUAUAAUGGUAGUGCAAAUUUCUGUUGUGGGAGUUGGGUUCUUGUUGUUCUGACAAUACAUACUUAGUUUAGGAAUAAGGUGUGAUCUUCUAUGAUGUGUUUUCUGCAGUUGUUUUAUGCUUUUCAGACAUCAGAAAUUACACUUGGGCCCACUAAAGCCUAUGAAUGGCC